AUUACCAGACACCAGGCUCCGGGACCUGACAUUCAGCGAUUGGAAAGAGCGAGAGCGAGAGCGAGAGAGAGACAGACAGACACACACACAGAGAGAGAGAGAGAGAGAGAGAGAGAGAGAGAGAGAGAGAGAGAGAGAGAGAGAGAGAGAGAGACACCCCCUUGCCUUGAUCCGUGCAACCGGCGAAGGAAACCGUCCUGAACCACCGUCCUCUGCUUCGGCAACUCAUCGUGUCUCGUCCCCGGUACUGACGGCUGAAAGCGCGGUCUUGCCGCUGACGUUUCCCCCUAGUUGGAUUUGGGCUUGUAGUCGGAUGCGGGCUUGUUUUGACUGCAGUAAUACAGUCCUACUCUUUUCUCCCCCUCCCCUGAGUAGCGGAUUUGAGAGGGAUCUCAGCGCUGUGCAGCUCCCCGAGUGACCAGCGACCCUGCAAGGCAACAGAGACGCACUCUGCACCGCCACGGCUCUCCAUAAUACGACUCCAUCCGCAACGGCGUCCAGAGAUCGUAUUUCUGAGGAAUUAGACACAAGCGCCAAGUUUCCGAUUGGAUUUUUUUCCCCCUGUGCGACUACCUUGCUUCUAUCAUCAGAUCGGCUGCAAAUCCUAUUUUCGCCUAUUUUUUUCUUUCCAAGGCACUGUUGACGCCAUUUUCCUCGAGGUUUUCUGUCAAAAAUAUAUAUACAUAUAUCCUGGUCCUGUUUGACAGCUCUGCAGGAGGCUGUCAUCCCAUCCGUCGCUUGUGUAAAAUGUGUGCAAAUGGAUUGUAAAUGAUCUUGAUAAAAUAUUUACACGUUAGACCCGAGUGUGUGACAACAUUAGACAUGGUCUGUCCCUGGCUUAGCUGUGUUCCUGUGGGACAACCAGCCCAGCCCCAGUAGCUGACUGACACCAACCACCCCGCCAAACAGACAACUGUUCUCUAGCUUCCUAUUGGCUGGCUGCCACAGCUUCCCCCGUCCUGAUUGGCUCUGGCGGGAGCGUGGAUGGAGCCAAGGGAUCUGGUUGGCUCGGCCCGACCCAACGAGGUGGAGUUACAGGGAGGCAGGGCGGAGCCAAAUGAAGACGAGCAGGAAGGAGCCGGGGGCAUCAGUUUGGCGCGCAGCGAUGAUGUGAUUAAUGGCGCCAUCAGCGAGGGGGAGGGAUUAGAGGAGCAGGGGGAGGGGCUUCUGGAGGAGCAGGAGUUCUCCAUCAAGGAAGCCAGUUUCCAGGAGGGAAGUCUAAAGCUGAAGAUCCAGACCACCAAGCGCACCAAGAAACCCCCCAAGAGCCUGGAGAACUAUAUUUGCCCGCCAGAGAUCAGGAUGACCAUCAGACCUCCAGCUGGGGAGGGCAGAGGGGGCCGGCAGAGCCGUGCAGGAGGGGGGGCCGGAGCUGGGCGGAGCCUGAAGGAGGAGGAACGUGGACCCCCGAGAAAGAGGACAUACGAGCGCCAGUUCAGAAUGCCAGAGCAAAGGGAAGGAGGCCUGCUGCAACUACUGGGAGAUCAUCCUCUGCCCAAACACCAGCCUCGCAGCUCACUCCUGCACACGCACACACUCUCACACACACAGCAAACACAGCACACACUCACGCAGCAAUCUCAACACACCCUCACGCACCAACAUCAACUCACUCCAGACUGGAUUACGUCCUCUACUGCACCUUCUGCAUCCCCGGCCAAUCCUGGGGAGGCUGAGCCAGCCAGAGAACUGGCAGGAGCCGGUAGGAGCUCUUUGCUCGACCCAAGCCCGCCUUUCUCUCAGACAGCUGCACGAAGCCCUUCACCUCAGAGAUCCCUGACUCCAGACCUUCAGUUACCGGUUGUUACUGAUGCCAGUAUUCUCAACCUGACCUCUCUCAGCAGGGGGAGGGGUUUGCAAGAGGUCAGUGAGCAGCUCUUUGGGAACAUCAAGAGGAAGUACGGCAGGAAGGACUCCCAGAGGAUGCUCAGUAAUCCCCACAGUGCUGAGGCACCUUGGGGAAGGCAGCCAGAGAAAGGAGUGGAAAGUCCAACUACUUCAGAGGAAAGACAGAAGUACCGGCAAGAGGAGACAGCUGAACGGUUCCAUGAAGAAAGAGAGGAGCGGAGAAAAGAGGACAGAGAGAGAGCAAUUACUGGGAGGAGAGGAGAUGAGGAGGACAGAGGGAUUCCCAUGCUGUCAGAGGAAGGGAAAGGGAGAAAGAGGCGGAGGAGGCAGUCCUUCAAUGAGUCAUUUUCCAUGGAGGAGCAAUCAGAGCAGCCACAGGACUCUGACACCACAGAGAAGCACCAGCCUGGGCCCCCAGAGCCUAAAUCAUCACACAAGAUGGACACUCACAAAAACGAGUCUCGACUUGCGAGUCAGGCUGAGGUUAAUGGAGAGAGGACAGAGAAAGGAGAGAGGGGAGAUAAAGGGGAGAAAAGAGAAAAAGGAGAGAGGGUAGAUAGGGCAGAAAGAGGAGAGGCAGUUGUAAGUGGGCCUGAACAGGAGUCAGCUUUGAAUACAAAUAGAGUGAAAAAGAACCCAGUGGGUCGACCCAAGAACAGCACAGACACCCACAAACACAGAGAGCCUAUCCACAACCACAUCCCCAGUCCCAGUUUGAUCAGUAACCCCAGACUACCUAGUCCAAACCCUAGCCCCAGCCCCAGCCCUAAACCCAGGGUAAACAUUAGUCCUAGUCCCAGCCCCAGGUCUAGAGUCAACCUUAGCCCCAGUCCUAGCCCAAGACCAAGGACCACCCUGAGUCCAAGCCCUAGCCCUAGCACCAGCUCCACAGCCAGCCCCAGUGCCAGACCAACCAAGACCAAGGACAGAUGGUCCUACCUGAAGACCCGAAGCCCGCCCAGCCUCACCCCACCCCAGAGAGACACCCGGGGUACUCCAUCCACCUUGACUGACCCCCCCUCAGCCUUCCCCAUCACCCCCUCCAGUCCCCUCUACACCAACACUGACAGCCUGACUGUCCACACACCCAUCAAGAGGAAACGAGGACGCCCCAAGAAACAACCCCUUCUAACGGUGGAGACCAUCCACGAGGGCACAUCCACUUCCCCCCCAAGCCCGCUGGCACAGGAAACCUCACCAGCGCUGAAUCGCAGGAGGAAGACACACACGUUAACCACACUAGCCCAAAUGGCCUCUACUACCACCAGCACCAGUUCUAACAGUUUGAAACUGAAGCGUGGCAAGGCCCAUUCCAGGCCAGUGAAUAAGAUGAAGCUUGGGAAAGUCCAGAGCAUCCUGAACGAGAUCCUUUCAGGCUCCGGUCAGAAUGGCAGUCUGGCUCUGAAGUCAUCCUCUGCUCCUGUUACCUCAGCUAUGAGUGCCAUGGCAUCCACCAUCGAGGCUCGGUUAGGCAAACAGAUAAACGUGAGCAAGAGAGGAACCAUCUACAUUGGGAAGAAGAGGGGGAGGAAACCCCGAGCAGAAACUCAAGGCUCCAACCCUCCCAGAACCUCCAAGGACAAGCCUGCCCUACCCGUCUCCAUGUCCAGUCUCUAUGAGAGCCUACUAGUGCCUUCCACCACUUCCUCACCCAGCUCCAGUGCUCCCUCCCUCAGAGCUAACCAGUCUGAUGCCACUAUGCCCAGUCUGCAGCCCAUCUCAGCCCUGCCCUCCAAGCCACAAAGCAAGGGCUUCCUAUCUGGGGGCUGGAAACUCUCCCCUCCUCGUCUUUUGGCUAAUUCACCCUCCCACCUAUCAGAAGGGGCGUCAGUGAAGGAGGUGACCCUUUCCCCCAUCAGUGAGUCCCACAGCGAGGAGACGAUUCCCAGUGACAGUGGAAUAGGGACAGACAACAACAGCACCUCAGAUCAAACUGAGAAGGGCCCGGCCUCCCGACGCAGGUACUCGUUUGAUCUGUGUGGGUUUGAGGCUGCAGAGGCAGCAGCUCUGGAGGCAUCCAGCAGGGGCAGUAGAGCACGCUGUGAACGGCAGGUGGCCGCCGUGGACAACUUCCUGUCUCAGCAGGAGAAGAAGCAAAAACACCAUCGACGGAAGAGGAAGUGCCUACAGAGCCGGGACCAUCUGCACUUUCUAUCUGAACUUGAGGAGGUCGUGUUGAAGCUCCAGCAGCUGCGUGUCUCUCAUCGCCGAUACACCUGCUACCCCCAGCAACCAUAUCCCUCCAUUUUCCGCCUCAAUUUCCACCAUUACUACCCUGUUACUUAUGACUCCUACCCCUGUGAGUCCGGCCCAUACCUCCGCAGGAGUGCUGAUCUGAAGGCUAAGAGGAGGCGAGGCCGUCCAGCCAAAGCCAGCGAGCCAAUCACAUCAAAGCUGCCUUUUGUUCAAGGAUAUGGUUACCCACUGGCCGGGGGAAAUUACUAUGCAGCACCCUAUGCCAUGCCUUACGCACCCCCUCUGAGUCUGGGCUAUUUUCCCCCGGCUCCCCCACUCUAUCUGCCCCACCACUCACUAGGACCUGCACCCCCAUCUCCCUUCAUGAGGCCUGCUGUCCCACCUCCCAAGUCUUUCCACUCCGGGGGACUCUCCAAACUCCAGGCAGGUGCCAAACUCCGCAGCUCUACUGGGCCACUCCAGGGGUCUGCUGUACGGGGAGAGGCUCUGGGAUCCCUGGGUGCUGGCAGUGCAGGUCUUGGAGGGGUUCGCCUCCACAAGAGGAAGCACAAGCACAAGCAUAAGCACAAGGACGAACCCCUGCUUUCUCCACGAGACCGGCAAGAGCUGGGUGGGCUCUUCAGUGGAGCUAAGACCAACGCACGGCUCAGCAUGCUAAAUGACAGGAGGGAUUUAGCCAAUCAGGGCUCUUCAAAGCGUCUGGAGAAGCAGAGGGGCAGUGGUAGAGGCUCCAGCUUAGGGAUGUUUGAGUCAGACCACCUGUCCGCUCACUCUCUUGCUGACAGCCAGUUCCACUCUCAUCAGUCCGGACAGCAAAUAAACAGCUUCAUGAGCAGCUACAGUAGCCAAUCGCAGCGGCCAGAGUUGGCCACUGACCUCUUCUUGGGGUCACGGGAGGAGGAGUGUAGCUCAAGGAGCAGGAAGAGGGGUCUCACUGUGUUUGGAGAGCAGGGGUUGAUGUCAUUCCAAAAUGCCAGGCAGGAGCCAGGACAGAUGACCCAGUGCUCCAGUUCCCCCCUCACUGGUGUCCCAAGUAAGAGGAGAUAUAAGCGUCGUGAGGUGGAGCAGAUCCAGAAGGAGGUGAGGAGGAUGUGUUCUCUCUCCAACGUCCUGUCAUCCCAGAGGAACUUUGAGCAUGUGCAGAAGAUCCUCCGUGUUAAGCGCCUGCAGCGACAAGCCAAAACGGGGAACAAUGUCAUCAAAAGACGCCCUGGACGGCCCCGAAAACAACCCCUAGAAGAGUCAGAGCCUGCCAGUAGGAGGGAGGAAGGCUGGGCUGAUGGGCGGGGUUUGGAUAUAUCGACCAGUAGGAGAAGUGAUGGGAGGACUCUAGGAAUGCCUGUUCUGGAGAGGUGCGUCGACCUGCCAGGUAGGCGGGGCCUGCGGCCUACCUUGACCCCUGAGCCUCUGGAGUUCUCGAAUCACGAUUCCAUCUCAGCAACAAUUGAGACCGUGGUGCAUCAGGCUCGCUCUGUGCCUCCACUGGCCAGAGGGGGUAAACGCCGAGGCCGGGGCCGGAGGAGGAAUGAGCUGUGGGCCCCGUCCAGUCAGUAGGACUGCAGGGGAGAGCAACGCUGUGACCUAUCAGAGGGCAGAAUGGAGGAGUCAGUGCUGUUUCAAGCCUAUCAGACGCAGUGCCCUUAAUGCUGGGACUCCUCAGUGCACUUUGACUUGUUUCUCAUCUCUGAUUCGUUGUGAGGACUACAGUGGGUCAGUGGAGGAGCAGGAGGAGGGAACACUUCCUUUGUGGUCCCUCUUUUUGCUAAACCCAACCAGACAUGAGCCUUUCAAGGAUUCAAUGGACCUUCAUUUAAUAUGGCACUAUAUGGUACUAUUUGAUACUGAAUCUGAUGCUAUAAAGUGUGUGGUACUUAUGAUAGUGUAGGAUACUAUGUGAUUCUGUAUGUAUCUGAUACAGUGAUGUGUAUGGUACUUUAUGAUACUGUAUCUGAAUGUGGCUUUAGCCAUAUCUUUACCAGCAAGGGGAGGGGGAAUGGUUAAUAUAAUACUGUGCAGCUCUGCUUAUUUUUGCCUUUCUGAAGAAGCUUGUCCAAGACAUGUGGGAUAUUACAGCAGUAACUCAACCACCUUACCCUAUUCCCUAUCCCUCUUAUCGCUCCCAGCCCCAUCUCUACCUUCCUUGUUUUCUUGCUCUCGCUGAGGAAGCUAGGCCGAGACCAAGGAGUAACUUAUCCUUCCUGGCAGCUCCUCAUGUCUGGUCCCCCCCGCCCAAAACUCGCCCCAAUUCUUCAGCUCUCCCUGGUGCCUCCCACUCAACGACAUCUUCCUCUGUCCUCUCACCUACUGCUAACCAUCUUUUACACCUGCCAUGUUUAUGUUCCCUCACCCCAUCUAUCCCCGACCCUCAUUUCCUCCCCUCUCCCUGCUCAGGCCUGUCCUGGGCAGCGACAUAAAGGCAAUAUGGUGGAUGACACUGUCCCAGACUGUACAUAGAAAUAAAGUCCACUGUUACCUGCCUUGUACAAUGGGAAACCGGCUCAUAGACAUGUACUGGCAUAUAUCAAAUAGAAUUGUUGUACCAUAGACAAUGAAAGUUGUGUAUUGUUUUAUAACCAAAAACAGACAUGGGUGUGACUCAAAACAAGUUUGUUUUCAGACAGAAAGAACCACAUGUAUCCAUUCAUUCAUACACUCAUUAUUGUGUUUAUAUCCAGGGGGCAUUGCAUACAGGGGGAAUAUCAGGUGUGUUUUUGGUAAACCUUAAAAUUGGUUUAAUGCACUAUGAAAAACCAUACACUUACAUCAAUCAAAUGCAGCACUUACAUGCUUGUUCCAGCCUUAUGUUUUGGCCUUCUAUGGUAUGGAUAUCCAUUCCAGAGAGCAUGCAUUCUUUUAAUCAAUUUGUAUAUGCAGGCUGCGCAGCCAAAAGCGUCAAACCUAAGCCCAAGUCUGAAUUGUGAUUGGACAUUUCAGCAGGAGAGGGCUCACAGUCAGUGUUUUGGAUAGCUAAUCCCAGUCCGUCUACUAAACAGGAUCUUCAGUGCGUAUCUGGGAAAUACUUUUGGAAGGAAAAUACAAAAUCCAGUAUUUAGAUUGAGAAACCAAAGUCUCAGUGUUCAGUGAAAGGAUGUAUUAUAUAAAAGAAUCUAAAACAGAGUUUGGCAAACUCUCCAGUACGUUGGCACCAAUGUAAAGCAUUCCUACAUGCACUCAAGAAUGUAGCCAUCUUGGAUGUUUUGUGCCAAUAUGCUAAGCCGUUGUUAAACUCUAUAUACAAUAUCUGUGGCUUUGGAUAGUGGUUGGUAUUUUCUCUCACAUACACAUUUUAUAAUAUAAGCAAUGGGUCAGUAUUUCUUUGGGAACUGUGUUUAAAUUUUAUUUCAGGGGACUCUCUGUUUUCAGGGGGGCUUCUCAGUUACAGCAGUUCUACUUGUGCCUUAUGUUUCUUUCUCUCACCAUUACAUUUCACCGGAGAAAUAUAAAAUGGCAGAGAGUGUCCAGAUAUUGACCCCAAAUAUUCAUGAUUGUGCGUUUGACACGUUUUUGGUCAUCAAACCCCUGACACUGCCUGUGUCCCUUCACGGCUACCAUAGUCAGCAACCUCUGUCACUGGACACUGAGUCAGUCUCCCAGCCUCCUGCUGGUCUUCUGACCCAUGUUAUCAUAGCAGAACUAGGAGUGUUGGGCAGAUACGGUAUUACUAUAUUAAAAACACAUCAUAUAUUAGCCUGCAUAUUGCUAGGCUUCUCUGCAGUGCAUGGGAGGGGAAAUGGAGAGGGCCACUGUAUCAGAUGUAUUCCUAUUGAUAGCUCUGUCCAGAGAUACUGAUUAUACUUUAAGUCCUGGAUAUAUAAUCAAAGAUCACUUGCUCUGCCCAGUAUAUAACCAGUUCCAGAGGAGGUUGUCAUGGAAACCACGCUGUCUUACAUUGUUGUUUGCUAUGCAUCAGGCCAUGCCUGGCAAUGACCUUAAAAGGAAUUUCUGUUCUGGGUCCACCCUUCGACAAAGAGAAAUAAGUGGUCUUAUUUACUGAAUAAAAAUGAAUUCAUGUUACGAGAAUUGUGAAUAAUACCAGUAAUAAUUUGUAAUAAAUUGUGCAGAAAGUGACUAUCAUUUCAUGAAAACUAUAGUUACUGCAGCUCUAUGCAGUACAGCCUUAACCAGAUGUAAAACUACAGUAUUGAAGUGUUUGUUGUAAAUAGUGUUAGUAUGUCCAUCCUGCAUGGAUACCGGUUGGGCUCAGCUAUGCUGGGACUGUCUCCCAAGACCACGAUAGACCAUCUCACUCUAUCAAGACUGCUCUAGACCUGAGAAGACAAGAUCAUACAGUAGAAAAAGAAAGCAUUGCCAUUCCCCGUAUUUCUUUUCUCUAUUCAACAUUUCUGCUGCUCAUUGACAGUCACUAUCCCAGUCAGUUAAAUUCUGCAGAAUACUAAACACUAAAAGAAUUUGCCUUAUCACACUCCUAAAACGUGUUGGAGAACACAUACCCCACUGUAUUGUACUUGUACUUGACCAAAAAUAGGAAUCCCCGCUGACAAGCAGCUAUUUUCCCCUCCGCCUGUGUGUGCAGUGGAGUAGCAUAAGAGUAAGCAUGGGCGUUGUGCGCGUGGGGAAAUUUCUCAGAGGAAAUGGCCAAAAAUACACUUGUCCUAAUGUUAAUGUAGUUACCCUUGCCUCGCUAGAUGACUUUACUUGGGUCUGCAGUCUGUUGUGGUGUAGAUGAGGUCUAGAUGCGUGGUUCAUGAGGUGUAGAGACUACAGGCUUGGCAGCACACUCCUCCAUACUGCAGGCAUACUGUGGUCAGUCAGUGGUCUAUGAUGCUAGAGUUAAAGACCCCAGGUCUCGUCUGUCCUGUCUGUCUCUCCUACCAGCCAAUGCUCCGGUGCCUUCUAACACUGACUAGUAUUGUCCUAAUCCAGUGCUUUCGCUCUGCACAGAGACUGCAGUAGGGAUGUGGCUGUGGAUGGGGUUCAUGGUCACUGUUGUUGUGUUAUAUUUAGGAACCACUCCGGUCCAGAGGCUAUUGGCUGCCCCCAAGCACCAAUGUAGGGAUCAUUUACCGCAUCACUGGUCCUAACAUCGAGUGGAGCAAGGCAGUAUUUGACUUUGGAUCAGUUGUUGGGGUGAAUUCACCGAGUCCACCAUCCGCUCAGAUUGACCAGUCUACUGCAGCUACUAGGUUGGAAAUAUAACGGCACCUGGAUUAAGAGCGCCCCCUAUUCCCUAUGUAGUGUGCUACAGUUAGUGUCCUACACAUGGAGUGAGGGGUGAAGUGAGACAGAGCCUCAUAAAUGUACAUGUAGUCAUCCUCACAACAUAUGUUACAUUUCUAAGCUAUAAUGUUGUUCAAAGCUGAAAGUGCAGAUGAAGCAUUGAGAAAACCAAUAAAUGUACUUUGUUAGAGCACAAAGUGAGCUCUUCUAACAGUGUGGGCAUAUUUUAGUUUGUAUACAUAGUGUAUUUGAAACUUUUUCUAGAGUGGGUUUUCCUUUAUUUGCAUGCUCAACUUGAUUGUAUGCAUAAAUAUUUUAGACAAGCCGAAAGUUGAAUUUCAAUUGAAUUUGGAGCAAGACUUGUACAUUGUUUGAUAUGUUUCUUUUUGUAAUGAAUUUUUAAUUCAUGAAGCAUUUUUGUACAUUGUAUGAAUAUUAAAAACUGCAAAUAUUUGACAUAUAGAGUAAAUACUAGAUGCGCAUGCAUAUGCAUAUAUUAUUCACGGUAUGUAUGUGUAAAUGUACACAUAUAUUUUGUAUUUGCAUUUGCUGGCAUACAGAUAUAUGUCUUAAGCACAUAUACAUGCAAUAUAUAUGUAUAUCCAUGUCCGCUGGCAUGCUUUUGGUCAUGUUUAUCUUUCAUGAUCUUGUAGGUUUGUUUUUGUUUUUUUGUUUUUUUGUUUUUUUCAUUUCUCUUUCCUCAGAAAGAACAGCUCAUUCUUUUGCUACCGUUCUGUUGGCUGGCAGCGUUGAGCACUUAUUAAGAAGAACUACAGUUGAACUUGUUCAUGUUAUCCAUUGUGUGAAAUAAUAAAUGACUUUAUUGA